GACUGUUGGUGUUUUGGGAAAAUUCUUUGUUUACCUUCUUGGUCGCAACUACGAUUGUCUAUGAGUAUGGCCUAUGGUACGAUAGUUGUCUAUGGACAUUAAAACUUUACUCUUGCACAGUUCCUGGACUUAACAGUUUCAUCCACCAGUACGCCAGGUAUUCUCUGUUGCACAUCUGUCAGGCCGCAAUUGAACUUUACAAAAGUUAACAUGGCUGCUAAGAGACCUCGGGAGGAUGGUGCCAGCGCCGAUGCUAAUGUGGCUAAGAAGAAGAAGGGGUUUUCAGUUGGCCCAGCAAACCUUCCUGACGGCACCUAUCGACGAAAGGUGCAAAAAAUCAAAGGCGAUCUAAUCCAUAAAGCCAAGGUCAAGAAAUCCUACGCCAAAGUUAAAGCAGAGGAACUCGCAAAGGGAACUGCAAAACCUAGUUUUACCCAAGAAUCAACACUGGAAAAUGAUGGAGAUGCGACAAAGCCAGAGGCAGCGAGUUUAGAGUUGCAUCCAGAUAGACAAGCUAUGCUUGAUGCUCCCCAGGCAGAACAACCGCCUACGUCAAGAACGGAUCGUCUGCCAAGAGACUCGCGGAAUCGGCGCAAGCGUCCACCAAAGCCGUCGCCGUUUACCAAAGAGGUAGAAAUAGCAAGAAGGAGACAGGAGGAAAUUGAGAAGAAACAAAGGAUUAGAGAAGCCAAGCAACGCGAUCGAGAGGCUAUGGCUAGGGCAAGAAGACCAGAUCAGUUUGGGAAACGAAGACUUGGACGAGAGAGCACCGUAUUACUGGAUAGGGUUAAGAGGAUGGUUGAAGAGUCCUAGAGACGACAAAAUUCUUCUGUUAGAAUAAUAUAGCGGAUGAGAUAAUGAGAUAUACGAUAUCCCAGGCUGACGUUCUUUUUUCGAAAUUCAGCCGUUUCGACUGGGAUUUCUUGAAUGGCCUGGGGUAGUAUGAAGACAGUGGUCCAAAAAACGGUGAAUAAUAGGACUAUACCCCACAAAUCUGUAGAGACAAUGUUUAUUUGGGUUUGGCUAUUGAGAGAUUUCCACCUAGUGUGCAUUUACAACGACAGUUGGUUCUAACUGGAAGAAUCCUGUGGAGACAUGCAGGGACCGAUUUGGCCUGCAGGUGAUCAGUGGAUGAUGCGGUUCUUCAUGGGGGAUAUUGCCACGCUUUGUGGCCUUGGUGCAAAUUUAUCUCCAUGAUCGAUUCCCGCAAAGCUAGAAUCGAGUUGCUUAGACACGUGGAAGACGUGGAAGAUGCAAGGCCAGGGGUCUACGAAACCGGUUUCAAAUGGUUGGGAAUUGAGGUUACCGAAAAGCCCAAUACGUACGUCACACAAAAGUGUGUAGGAUUCUGGCUGGUUACCUCUUUGUACAUGUACAUGCUCUAUAUUCAUGAGCUUGCGAGGGACUUCUCGUGCAUGUAUGUAUGUACAGUACAUAUUGCUCCCCUUGCUUCGAUUGAUGACACGUGUAGGCUAGGGUUGAGAAGAAGGCAGAAUAAAACAUUAUUGGAUAACUUAACUGUUUUCUAAAAUUAUCUAGAUUUGAUGCUCAGGAGUACGGGGGAUAUCAUCAAUUCAUAUUUCACAUACAGUAUAUGGACUAAUAAAAUCCAUUCAUAUCCAGUCGUAAAAGGAGGUGUUCAAAGAUACUAUCUGUGUCAACACCUGCGCGAUCAUCGAUCCCCCACGCGGCAAGAUCCUGAGGUUUCCCUUUCGACCUCAUCGCCUUGGCACCAUCCAGUGCCCUUAAAAACCUUACAAAACCUGAAACCUGUUUCCUAAACACGGAGAAAAGCUGACGAACAAUCCGAUCAUAAGAGGGCUUCCCAUCCUGCUGCACCCACGUGCCUGUGGAGGCCGCUUUAGAUAUAGAGGAGAAGGAUCUGAUCUAGGACAUCUUCAUGAUACUCUCGGAGACGGUGUAGGCUUUUGGCAUUGUCAAUGGUACCAUCGAUAUCUCCCUUAUCAAUGCACUUCUCGAUUUUGACAAGGAUUCUCUCGAACUUGCUCCAUGUCUCUCCAACUGCAAUGUGGAAGGAAUAGUCGCUCACGGUUUGCACGAAAUGGUGCGCUUCGAUGCGGAAUUUCUGGGUGAUUGUUCGGCUCAUGUCUGCGGUAUUCGAUCGAUCUGUGGAGUCACGGAUAAGGCCACGUGCGACUGAAAGCAUUCGUAUCUGCCUCAGAAGUCGCUUGAAGAUGGUAUCGUAUCUGCGUAAACUUCUGGGAGUGAUUAUGGCUUCAAGGACUGAAGGCGGGUGGUAUUGAAGACGGAGGAAAUCUAGAGCCUCAAUGGAGUUGGGAUUUUUACAUUUUACAAGUUCUUCGCCUGUUAGCUCACGGAUUGCAAAGCUGAGGCCGCCAGGCAGCUCUUUAUUCCUGACUUGAUUUCCGGUGUUUUGCCCAAUGUAAUUUUUGUCUCCGUGAUAACUCUCAGAGAGCAACCCCAUUAGCACCAGGCGAAGCUCAGAGCUUGCUGGUGGCCAGGUAUCACGAUUGCCCAGACGAAGGCCAGUAGAACUUCCCCCACGGGCAACACCAGCUUUCCGUUCUCCGCUGUGCAUUUCAGGGUCAAAUAGAACAUGAGACAAACGUGAUGAAAAGAUACCAUCGCCUAAUAAUUGAAACCGCCAUUGUAACUGCAGGUGCUCUUUGAUUUUAUGGCCUUUGAAAAGAAGGUGGAGGCAGGAGAAGUUAAUUAAUCUUGUUUGGGCCGAAAUAACCGGGGCAAAUGAGAGGUAAACAGACGCAUCCAAAGGUGGGCCGAAAAGAGACCUGUUUCCCGGAACCUCGUCCGUG